AUUAUUGGCUAUUAAUGUAAGAGAACAAUUACGAUUUGAUUCUUGAAAAUAGAAGUAGAAAUGCGUCAAAUAAAAGAAAUAUAUAUGUAAACAUAUGCAUAUAAUUGCAUUGAUAUUACAGAAUAUUAAACAAUAAUAUGUUUUGUUAUCAAGGAAAAAAAAUUGAAGAAGAGGGGAUUCUGGAUAUUGAUGUUUGUUGCAACUGGUAGCUAACCUGCAUUACGCGGAGAGUGAUGUGAUUGAGAAUGAUUUUGCUAUCAGUAAUCUGAAGAAUAAAAUAAUUAAUAAAAAAAAAAAUAAUAAAACAAAAAUACGAAAUAUAUAUAAAAAGAAAAUAAUUCGUAAAUAAAUAUUACAAUGUUUUACGAAGAAUUAAAUGAAUGUUGUCCAUUGUUACUGGAAAAAUUCGCCGAAGUCGAAGAAUUAUUGGAGAAACAUAAAUUAAAUUUGGACCGGAAAUCUUAUAAAGUAAUAUAUGAAGGUAUAGAUUUACUUAAAGAAAUAGAAUUAAAACUUUAUAAUAGCCUAAACAGCGAACAGGAACAGAAAGAUAAUGUCAAAGAUUUAAUCAAGUUAUUACUUGCUAUUGGUUAUUUAAAGACAGGUUUACUUUAUACUGAUACAGAAGAAUUAAAAGUUGCUGAAGAAUACUUUAUGAAAUGCAUUGAUAUACUUAGAGGUAGAGAAUUGGAACCUAAAUGUGUUGUACCAGUUUUAGCCACUCUUAAUCAGUUAGGUAUAAUUUGGUCUCAAUGGAGUCAACCGGAAAAAGCCAAAAUAUUCCUUGAUAGAGCUAAACAGAUUUACAUUGAUUAUACAGAUCAAAAAAAUCCUGAAGACCCUAUCGAUUUGAUAUCAAACUUUAAUAUUGUUGAAAAAGGUUUGAGUUUCAAGCAAGUAUUGGAUAAGCUAUACAUUUUGACAUUGUAUUAUCUUGCACAAGUAUAUGGAGCUUUGAAAAAUCAUCACAAAUCUGCAGUAUAUUGUCACAUAACGUUGCGCUUGCAAUUGGAACAAAAUGAAGUAAUAAAUGAUUUAGAUUACAUAGAAUGGGCACUUAAUGCAGCCACUCUGUCACAGUGUUUUUUAGAAAAUGAAGGAUUUACUCAGGCCAGGCAUCACUUGGCAGCAGCAUAUUACAUACUUGAAAAAUAUGAAAAAAUAAUGAAAGAAAAAGAAAGUGAAAUGGAAAGUGAAGUAGCUGCUGCUGAAUAUGAACGUUUUAAGCAUAGAAGCGCUGAUGUGGCUAGAUGCUGGGCUAAAUAUGGAUUAUUAUUACUCAGUGCAUCAAUAAAUCGUCUUGUAAAAAAAGUAGAAAGUGAUGAAACUGAUUGUAAUGAUACAGAAGACAGUCAAUUGGAUUCUAAGGCAGAAAAAGAUUCAGAAAAAUCAUUUGACGAUCUAAAAUUUGAUAUUCUAAUGGAUGAUAUUAAACCAAUUGUAAAUCAAAUAACAGACGCAUACCUUUUGGAUUUUGAUGAUGCUAAACCCGUAUUUUUAAAUAUUCAAAAUUGGUUAGAUCAAGCUAAAGCAUAUUACACUCUUGAAAAUCAUGCAUCAGAUUAUGUAGAAAUUAUACAAGAUUUAUCUAGUGCAUAUAAGUAUUUAUCAUUUUUCGAAGAAAGUGAAGAUCGUCAGGCAAAAAUGCACAAACGUAGAAUAGAUAUCUUGGAAGCUACUGUUAAAGAAUUAAAUCCUCAAUACUAUAAAAAUGUAUGUAGACGAAUUUGGACAGAAUUGGGUACAACUUAUUCUGAUAUUAUGAAUAUUAAGUUGGAUCGUUUACGAGCAAAUAAUGAUAGAGCAGAGCCUCAAGCAUUGAACAAAAUUAAUAAUUUGGCUAAAAGUGGCAUUAAAAAUUAUCAAUUUUUCUUAGAUUCAUUGGAUAAUAAUUCUACCGAUGGAAGGAACAUAACAUUUCCUCCUGAUCUAGAAAAAGCAGCACUAGUCGCAUAUUUUCUGUUGGGAGGAUUGUACAAUAAAAUGUUUACUUUUGAUAAGUCUGUACAAUUGGUGAAUACUCAAAACAGUUUGAAUGCCUAUAAAUUUGUAAUUGACUAUUGCGAAACUCAUCCAGAGGCUAGUGAGAUGAUAAAAGAAGAAUUUAAUUUAUGCAGGGAGAUCGUUAAUUUACUUCCUGUUAAAAUUAAUAAAUUAAAACUAGAAUUGAUGGAAAAAUAGAUUCUUCUAAAUAUUUAACGUAAUGAUAAUUAACAAAUACAUAAUAAUUCUAUGCAGUCAGUAAUUUAUAGAAAGUUGCAUUUGAUUUUAAUUUAUGUGUAUUUAAUACACGAUGUUUGAUUUCGUUUUUUUCUUUAAUGCAAUGAAUAUAUUUGAAAUAUGUUUGUAAUUAUAUGAAAUGUAAACAAAAACUAUUAUGUAAUUUUUUAAUGUAAUGUUAACACAACGAUUUUUUGCUACUUUAGACACCUACGAUUGAUGUUUUAUAUAUCAUGAAAUUAUAAGAAAAAUAAAUAUAUAUUAA